UCAGUUCUCUGGCCGUUCGGCCAUCGUUCGUACUGUGCCUACUUUUCGGCUCACCGUUUCCUUAUCCAUCCACAUGGGUGUCUUUGAUGCAUCCCAGUUGGGUGAGGAUUUCAGUGAGUGUAUCAAGAUUGGCAUUCUUCACAGUCCAUCUGGACGUCUGCUGACUGCUGAAGUGUUCAAUUAUGAGCUGAAUGUGUCCGGCACUGCGUUGCGCCGACGUCAGAUCUGGACUCUUCUAGUAGACCGGAACCGACCUCAUACAGUGUACCUGCAAAGUCACCUGGGACGAUUUCUCUCAACCGACAAAGAUGGAAAAGUUUCUGCGUCAGCAGUUACCCCAGGCGAGGACGAACGGUUCGUUCUGGAAUUUUCUCCACAUUUCAUGGGCGAAUGGGCUUUUAAGUCAGAGACCCAUGGGUUUUACCUGUCCGGAUUGGAAACGCAAACUAAUUGUUUCACAAAGCUACCAGUUUGGUGGGCUGAGCGCCUUGCUGUUCAUCCUCAAAUCUACCUCCGCCAUCAAUUCCGAUCCCGUUAUCUUCGUCUCCUCCCAAACGGAAGCGAACUGCGCGCGGACCAGUCGCAUCCAUGGGGCUCGGAAACCUUGUUGUGGCUCGAACAGCUUCCAAUGGGCACGGGCUCAGGUUCAGGAGUCCGCGGAUCCUCUACCGCUGUAGGUCGUGAUGCUGUUAGCAAACUUGGUCGCGUUGCUCUACGAUGUGAAAAUGGCCGAUACUUUACUCGAGACGGCAGUUUCAUAGAUCAUAUGGAUGAUUCGGCGCUAUUUGCUUUUGAACUCCGUCCAGGUAAUCCAAGAGCCUACGCAUUCCAGGACAUUGUGGGUUCUUAUCUUACGGCGGUUGGUCCUGGUACUGCCAAGUUCAAAUCCACUGCAGCCGGGUCCGGAAAAGAAGAGCUUUUCCUGAUUGAACGUGCUGCGUUUCAAGUCGGAAUCUUGGCUAGCAACAACAAGUUUGCUUCCGUGAAACAAGGUGUCGAGAUUUCUGCUAAUCAGCGUGAGUUCGACGAAACUUCUACAUUUCAGUUAGAGUACAUUGGCGGCAAGGGAUUCAGCUGUUCCGAAGCGAUCGCUGUGUGUUCUCCUCUCCCUCAAACUCCUGGUGGCGACUUGGAGCCUUCUACAAAAAUACCUUCGGCUACAAAUGGAUUGUGUUUUUCCGUGGAUUGUCUUGUUAUAGACAACUCGAUGUAA